AUGGGCUGGGGCGAAGGAAACGACGCGGAUCAGCGCCGCGGGCGCGGCAGGCGCCACAACAAGCGGCGCAAGCGAGGGGGCAGCCAGCCAGCCGCAGGGCGCCGCACGGAGCCGCACGGCGCAGAUUCCGCGCCAGACGCUGCAGCGCUCGCUGCUGCGCUUCCGCCGGCGCUUCCGCCGGAGGCCGGCGCGAUCCCGAUCGACGGGAGCCUGCUCGAAGGCGGCGGGCAGAUCCUGCGCGUGGCCGCGGCGCUCGCCGCUGUUCUGGGCCGCGCCGUCCAUGUCAGCAACAUCCGGGCGAACCGUUCGAAGCCGGGGCUGCGCCCGCAGCAUCUCACGGGCCUCAAGCUGAUCUCAGACAUGACGAACGGCACGCUGAACGGCGGGCACGUUGGCUCGUGCGAGAUCGACCUCUCCUCGGCCGGCCCGCCCCGCGCCGGAGCCUACACCGCGGACACAGGCACCGCGGGCAGCUGCACGCUCCUGGCGCAGGCGGCCCUGCCCUGCGCGGUGUUUGCAUCGCCAGCGGUCGGGGCGCCGGACGCACGCGUGAGGAUGACGCUGCAAGGCGGCACCGACGCGGACCUCGCGCCCCCGGUUGGCUACAUGCAGCAGGUGCUGUUGCCAACGCUCAGAGAGCACUUUGGGGUGCGCGUGGAGAUGGAGGUGCGCCGGCGGGGCUUUUUCCCGCGCGGGGGCGGCGUGGUGAACGUCUCGCUGAUGCCCCUCGCGCACGGCAACCGCCUGCCGGCGCUCCGGCUCGCUGGGCCUGGCCGCCGAGGCGACGUGACCUCGCUCUCUAUCCGCACAUUCCACGCGGGCGUGGUGACGCAGGACAACGCAGAACGCAUGGCACGUGCUGCCAAGAGCACGCUCUGCGAGCGCAUACACGCGCUACGGAGCGUUCCCACCGACGUCGGGGCCGAGCACGUGCCCCCGGAAGCCGCUGUCGGUGACGGGGGGGGUGUCUUGAUUGUCGCGCGGACGGCGGGCGGGUGCGUCCUCGGAGCCGCGCGGGCCGGCGAGCGCGGCGUUGCGCCGGAGGCCACGGGCGCGGAGGCCGCGGAGGAGCUUGCGAGGAGCCUCGAGGUGCACGACAGUUGCGUGGAUGUGCACCUGGCCGACCAGCUGGUGGUGUUCAUGGCCCUGGCGGAGGGGCGGUCGGAAAUUGCGACGACGAAGCCGACGCUGCACACGUACACGGCCAUGCACGUCGCGCGGGCGAUGACGGGGGCGGCGUUCUCGUGCCAGGAGGGCCCCGGGGGGGUGUGGACGCUCGCGUGCGACGGCAUCGGCAUGGCGGGCCGCGCGUGA